CUUGGGAAAAUGUAAUCCGACUUGUUUGGUGAGUCAGCUACUUCGAGGCAUUGUUCAUUUGAUUAUCAAUGCGCAAAUGUAUCUCAAAACAUAGAUUGCGCUUUUUAAUGUGCUCACACUUUACUGCUACGGUGAAACACUAUACUGUACAGUGCAUUUGGAUGAAAUAGCCCUUUUCCGCUCAUCUGAUGAGCCAAUUCCUAUCAUCAGUGAACUGCGGAGUGGAGUUCCCGCCGCUCUUGAGCUUUGGCGUGGGCUCCUCUGCUCUGACAACAUUGAAAUUAGUCGGCGGGAGUUUUGUGGACACACCCAGCGAUGGCUGAUUACAGACAAUACACACUCUUAGAUAAAGGUUUUAUAAAUGUUUUGAGAUAUUUUCUAUUUAAUUCAAUUAUAUCUGACAUGCUUGGCCAAACUGCAAAUAAGAUAUUCUUCAGAACUGUCAUGACUCCACCCAACAAAUAUCCCAAUAUAGUGUAUAUAGAAAAUGUUGGCUUGGGAGAGGGAAGUCUGGGAGUCUACUGCCCCCUGACCUACGACAUUUAAAUAGAUGAAUUAGUGGCAUUUGUUUUGCUAUUAGCGCGGUCAAGUUUCACAUAGAGAAGUCACUUGUAACCUCUGGCUUUGACAAAUGUAAUUUUGAUGAAAAUCCCUCCCAUUGAACCCAGGAAAAUGAAAUUAUCAUGCUCGCAUGAUAUCUUUUGGGAAGAAGAUACAAUUUGGCUCAUUUCCUACAACUCAAUUAAGUUGAUGAGAUAGGAGUCUUUCACAGUUAAUUUCCACCAUUGGAAAAACAAUACAAAUUACUCUAAUAUGUUCCAAAAUGGCGGCAUGGUUGAGUGAGUGGUGUCCGCCGUUUUACAGUUCUGAGGACCUUGAUUUAAAUUCAGCCUUCCCUGUGUGGAGUUUGCAUGUUCUCCCUAUACCUGUGUGGGUUCUCUCUGGCUAAUUCGGUUUCCUCUCACAUCCCCAAAACAUGCAUUGUAGGUUCAAUGAAGACUAAACUGGAUGGAGGAUUAUUGGACCCGAGAGAGGAUAAGUGGUACGUAAAAUGGAUGGCUGGUUGUUUUCAAAUGCAGGACAUACAUCAUUGUAAAAACUGAGUGUAAUGCAGCAGCACACCAAGUCACUGGAUUGUUGGAAAAUCAUUUUAGUAACGAUAUUAGAUAUUUGAGUUAAUCUGCAUUUAACUAGUGCAAGGAAGUGAUCAUAGUCACCAUUAUUCUGGACUGUUGACCCCCAGUAUUUGAAGUCCUCAACCCUUCCUAUCUCUUCUUACCUCCACCUCAUGGUUCCUCCUCCUCUGUGUUAUUGCAGAUAAUCUCCUCAUUCCUCAUUCCAGAUCACAAUGUCAUCUGUGAACAUGAUGGUCCAAUAGGAUUACAGUCUAACCUAGUCUGUCAGGCUAUCCAUCACCACUGCAAACAGGAAGGGGCUCAGAGCUGAUCCCUGAUGCAGUCCCACCUUCACUUUAAAUUCUUCUGUUACACCUAUUGCACACCUUACCACGUUUCUGCUGCCCUCAUACAUGUCCUAUGCUAUUGUAAUAUACUUCUCUGCCACACCAGACUUACACAUGCAGUACCACAGUUCCACACUUGGCACUCUGUCAUAGGCUUUCUCUCAAUCCACAAAGACACAAUGUAGCUCCUUCUGACCUUCUCUGUACUUUUCCAUCCUCAAGCCAAAUAAUGCUUCUGUGGUACUCUUUCUAGGCAUGAAACCAUACGGUUGCUCGCAGAUACUUACUUCUGUCCUGAGUCUAGCCUCCACUACUCUGUCCCAUAACUUCAUUGUGUGGCUCACCAACUUUAUUCCUCUAUAAUUCCCACAGCUCUGAAUAUCACCUUUGUUCUUAAAAAUGGGAACUAGUACACUUUUCCUCCAUUCUUCAUGCAUCUUUUUGCCCGCUAGUAUUCUGUUAAAUAAGUUGGCCAAAAACUCCACAGCCACCUCUCCAAAUUGCUUCCAUACCACCACAGGUAUGUCAUCAGGAGCAAUUGUCUUUCCAUUUUUCAUCCUCUUUAGUGCUUUUCUAACUUCCCCCUUACUAAUCAUUGCCACUUCCUGGUCCUUCACACUUGCCCCUUCUACUCUUUCUUCUCUCUCGUUUUCUUCAUUCAUCAACUUCUCAAAGUAUUCUUUCCAUCUAUUUAGUACACUACCGGCACCAGUCAACACAUUUCCAUCUCUAUCCUUAAUCACCCUUACCUGCUGCACAUCCUUCCCAUCUCUAUCCCUCUGUCUGGCCAACCUGUAGAGAUCCUUUUUUCCUUCUUUCGUGUCCAACCUGGUGUACAUGUCUUCAUAUGCCUCUUGUUUAGCCUUUGCCAUCUCUACCUUUGCCCUACGUCGCAUUUUAAACCCUAACUCCUUUCGCCUCUCCUCAGUCCUCUGUGUCCCACUUCUUCUCUAUCCUUAACCACUUUUACUUGCUGCACAUCCUUCCCAUCUCUAUCCCUCUUUUUGGCCAACCUGUAGAGAUCCUUUUUUCCUUCUUUCAUGUCUAACCUGGUGUACAUGUCGUCAUAUGCCUCUUGUUUAACCUUCACCACCCCUACCUUUACUGUACAUUGCAUCUCAAUGUAUUCCUUUCACCUCUCCUCAGUCCUCUAAGUGUCCCACUAACCUCUUUCUUUGUAUGACGUCCUGUCUUUCCCACCAGAAGACACACCGAGUACUCUCCUGCCUGUCUCUCUGAUCACUUUGGCUGUAGUAGUCCAGUCUUCCGGGAGCUCCUCUUGUCCAUCGAGAGCCUGUCUCACCUCUUUCCUAAAGGCCGCACAACAUUCUUCCUUUCUCAGCUUCCAUCACAUGGUUCUCUGCUCCACCUUUGUCUUCUUAAUCUUCCGACCCACUACCAGAGUGAUCCUACACACCACCAUCCUAUGCUGUUGAGCUACACUCUCCCCUACCACGACCUUAUAGUCAGUAACAUGCAAAUUACAUUGUCUGCACAAGAUGCAAUGCACCUACGUGCUACUACCUCACUCUUGUAGGUCACCCAAUGUUGAUGCCUGAUCAAAAAAAAAAAAAGUGGUCAAUACAUUUAUUUCCCCCAUUUUUGCAAAAUCUACCACAAACUGACAUUUCAAGUUCCCUUCCUGGAUGCCGUACUUACACAUCACUUCCUAAUCACCUCUCUUUCCAUCACCAAGAUACCCAUUAAAAUCUGCACCAAUCACUUCUCUCUCUCUCUCUCUCUCUCUCUCUCUCUCUCUCUCUCUCUCUCUCUCUCUCUCUCAAGUUUCAGCCUCAAUACUUGAUCUGAUUGUCAACCAACUCCUGAGCUUCUCCUGUCACAGUUCCAACUUUCAGGGUCCCCACACUGAGUUCAAUGCUCUGUGCUUUCCUCUUCUCUUUCUGCAUGAGAAGCCGGUUUCCACCUCUCCUUCAUCUUCGACCCACAGAAGCUGAAUCUCCACAAGCGCCCUGUGGGUCAACGGUGCGGGGGGAGGACAUUGUUACCUGGGCACGACCAAUCCAGUAUAGAGUGCUGGGGGAGGACUUUGUUACCUGGACACGACCAAUCCAGUAUAGAAUUCUUUACGACAGUGAUUUCCAACCUUUAUGCAGCAAAGGCACGUGUUUUGCGGCAUAUUUUUCUCAUGGCACACCAACAAAGAAAAAGUGGAUGCAUUAAUUACUGCAUGUGUUUCCUGCCAUCUAAUAGAAGACCAUUUAUGUUUUUAUGUCUGUCACUUUGUCUCACUGGCAAUUUUUGGUCUUGGGACUCUAUUUCAAAUUGUUUUGGAAAUCAUAAAUCAUAAACACGGGUGCUCUCGGCCAAAGAGGAAAAGGACCAUACGGAUUAUUAGUGUAAUGUUUGACAAGCCAGUAUCUGUGAGGGUACAGGGGUGUGUUCGUGCCCAUGGCAUUGGUAACUUGCACCAUGAAGGCACCAUUGAUGCUGAAAGGGACAUGCCUGCCUGUUUCAGUCAGACAAUGUCAGGCCAGUUUCUGCACAUGUUACAACAGAGUUUGCUUUGGAGUAGAAGUGCUAGUGCCAGACUGGUCUGCCAGAAAUCCAGCCCUCCCAUUGAAGAUGUGUGCGCAAAAUAUAGUACAACUAAAAAACCCCCCCAGACUGAAAAUGGCCCAGCAAAACCUCACCUGCCAUUACGAUGAGCCCAUGAGCUUUUUCUACAACAACAGCGGCGCAGAUGACAAAUGGGACAAGACCCAGCUCAUUCUGGUCCAAGUGGUGGGCUCGCUCUUUUGCUGCUUCAUCCUGCUCUCCAACGCCAUGGUCAUCGCAGCGGUCGUCACCAACAAAAGGUUCCACUACCCGUUCUACUAUCUCCUCUCCAACCUCGCGGCCUCUGACUUCCUGGCGGGCAUAGCGUACGUGUACCUCAUGUUCAACACGGGUGAAGUCUCGCGGAAACUGACAGUGAAAGGAUACUUUAUCCGCCAAGGUCUUCUGGACAUCAGCCUCUCUGCCUCGCUGGCCAACUUGCUUGUCAUCGCGCUCGAGCGUUACAUGUCCAUCAUGAACUUUAAAGUCCACAGCAACCUGACGAAGAGGAGGGUGACCCUGCUCAUCGUGCUGGUGUGGGGCAUCUCCAUCUUCAUGGGCGCCGUGCCCAGCCUAGGCUGGAACUGCAUCUGCAACCUGAGCGACUGUUCCCAGCUCGCCCCCGUUUUCAGCAGGGGCUACCUGGUCUUCUGGUCCGUGUCCAACCUGGUCGUCUUCCUAGUGAUGGUGGCCAUUUACAUGAGGAUCUACACCUACGUCAAGAAGAAGACGUCACUGCUCACUCCGCACACCAGCGGCUCCAUUAAUCGCAAGAGGACACCCAUCAAGCUCAUCAAAACGGUCAUGGUGGUGCUCGGAGCCUUUGUGUUCUGCUGGACUCCCGGCCUUGUGGUUCUGCUGCUGGACGGUCUCAACUGCACCACCUGCAACGUCAUGAAACUAAAGCGCUGGCUUCUGCUCCUGGCAGUGAUGAACUCUGUCAUGAACCCGUGCAUUUACUCCUACAAGGAUGAGGAAAUGUGGACCACCUUUAAGAACCUCAUGCAAUGCAUAGGCAACGGCACUCGACGACAGCGCUCGACACGGGCCAACACCCGGCCGCUAAGCUCCGGCCAGGACGGUGGCAACAGCCAGCCUCCUUCCGAGGAGAUGAAAAACGGUGAUGCGGAUAUCUUCCAGACUUGAGAGUGGGAUUAUUUCUGAACUCUGAAAAAUGUCUGUUCACUUCAAGGUGAAAAUGCUUCAUGAACAUAACAUGUCAGCAGUUCUUUAAUUUAAAAGAAAAUGCUGUUUGGAUAGAAGUACCAGGACAGGACUGCCUUCUCAGUCAAAAGCUGGACUUGGUUUUUGAUACACUGAGAAGAGUCCUGUUGGUGUACCAAUAUGAAUGUAACACUUGUUUUCACUUGUCAUCAUUUUUAAAACAAUCACUCAAGGGAGACUUCAUUCUUCCUCUCGUCGCUGUUAUUUAUGGCUGAAAAGAAAUGCUAAGAAGGACACCAUGGUCCAGUUUUUCUUUUACAUUCCUAAAAGUACAUAAUAUGCCAAGGGGGAUGCUACUGUCUCUUUUGUUUUUAGUUGGGUAAUGUGAAAUAGCGGGAUAUCGUGAGCAGUAUCUAAAAUUAAGGACAGUUUUUCUUAAUGAUGUAGUUCUGCAAACUAUUAUUUUUGUAUUCCAGAAGGCAACUAAUUAGCAAUACUGCAAACAGACUCUCUGGGCACUACAUGAGGUACACUUACUGCGCUGUAUGUUUGUUGAUGUGCAGAGUCGCGUUGUGUUGCAAUGUGGUGAUGACAAACGUACCGAGUCCCAUCCCAUUUUCAACAGCGCUUAUCCCGGUUAGGGUCACGGGGCGCUGGAGACUACCCCCGCUGACUUUGGGCAAAAGGCGGACUACAACCUGAACUGGUCACCAGUCAGUCACAGGCCACAUAUCGAUGCCAUCACUGAGUGGGAACUGAACCCACGCUGCCUGCAAUUCAGGCGUGUGUAGCACUCCACCAUCAGUGACUACUCAUCCUGUACAUUUUCUUUUAUUAUUACCUCUGUCAGUGUCAACCACACAUUUAUCUUUGUAAAGGCAAAACUCGAUAUUUGGAUCUGGUUAGAUUUUAGGAGUGCUACUAGUUAAGUGUCAGGUAAGAUAAUUUCCCAUAUGUCAUUAAAGAUGCUCCUGCGAUGACGAGGGGGCGGAAUAAUUUGAAGUGUAUGACAAUUUGCUGCCUCACCUCAUUUUUGCUUCCAUUUGCAGUCUUUGCCUGCGGGCCAAAGAUAAUAGUCACUCAUAUGCUUAGUGCUGCUGACUGAGGCAAACUUGUUCUCCGUGUAGCAUUUCCUUACAUCCGCUGCAGCUCCUUUUAAUUGCCGCUGCUGGCUUGUUGAAACAAAGGCAAGAGGCUUGUUUAAAAAAAAAAAAAAAUGUCGUAACACACUGGAUCCCUGCAGGAGGUUUGUCAAACAAUACAGUAGUUUACCUGCAGGAAGCAGCAAGGAGGAUAUGACUGACGUAGACUACAUCAGCCCUUCCCAGGCACUAGUGCUUUAAAUAACCGAGCGGUUUGACAAAUACGCCUUCAGCCUGCAAAAAGCGAUUAUAACAGUUCAACCUUCCACAUGUAGGAUGGCCUCUGCAAAGGUAUUUCAUGUUUUUACUUGCAAGUGUGCACUUAUCUGUAGUGCAUCACAGUUUUUAGUUAUGUUGAAAAUGUAUGUUUCAUAAAAUACAGAUGGCAUAACACCCAUGA